AUGGCUGGCCCCGACCCCUUGAAGCAGAGCGCACAUUCGCCGUCCAAAUUGUCCACAUCUAACUCAUGUGUGGUUUGCCACAACCGCAAGGUCAAGUGCGACCGAAAAGACCCCUGCUCGAAUUGCGCCAAAGCGGAUGUGGAAUGCAUCUACCGGGCUCCACCCCCUCCUCGCCGUCGCAAGCGGGACACCGCGAGCGUGUCUCAGGGACGCGGGAAAUCUCUUAGACGUAUGGAGCCCGACGGUAAUGGCUCUUCCAUCCCGAACCGAGGUCCAAGUGGCCAGACGAAGAAAAGUGGAUCUGGGAGGAUGAUCUUGAAAGAUGGCAAUUCUGUCUAUCUGGACACCAAUCUAUGGACAAGUGUGAGCAAUGAGCUUCCAGAUGCAGCAGAUGUAUUGGGUGAUGUAUCAGAUAGCGCCGUCGAUGGCUCUGUCCAGAAUUUUGACGACGACAUAAUAUUACUGUCGACUUCUGCGACUAGGGAAAGUCUGACAGAAUUGCAUCCGAGUCCCUUGCACAUCUUCAAGCUGUGGCAGGCAUUUCUCGAGAAUGUGAAUCCUCUUACUAAGAUUAUUCAUGCUCCAACCGUGCAGCAACAAAUUCUGGAGGCAAUGAGUGAUCUUCCAAACAUAAGCAAAGAUCUAGAGGCACUUCUGUUCUCCAUUUAUUGCAUUGCAUUGGUGUCUUUACAAGCAGCAGAUGUGGAAAAAUCAUUCGGGGAAAGUAAAAGGACCCUUCUAUCAAAGUGCAGACGAGGAGCUCAAUUAGCAUUCCAAAAUGCGUCGCUCCUUCGAACCUCGAGCUCGAUGGUUCUUCAAGCAUUUAUGCUUUAUCUACUAUGCAUGCGUUCCUUUUCCGAUCCACAUACCAUCUGGACUCUAUGCGGUAUCGCAACGCGGAUUGCGCAGCGCAUUGGCAUUCACCGGGAUGGAUCCAGUCAUGGCAUCUCAGUAUUUGAUACCGAGAUACGUCGCCGCAUCUGGUUCCAACUCAUGAUCAUAGACGCUACCUCUGCGCAAUUCUGCGGUGUGGCUUCAACGCCCCUCCCAGGAGCGAUCGACGUACAGCCACCGAUGAACGCAAACGAUAGCGAUCUUGAUCCUUGCAUGACAGAACCAGCAUAUGAAAAGGAAGGGCCCACAGAAAUGAUAUUCUGCCUGGCUCGAAGUGCAUUUGGGAAAUGGCUUCAUCGCUGGUCAAACGAAACUGACGGAUCUAACACUAGUCCGUGGUCUUUUCUCACUGCCUCCUCACUGACCCUUGAUGAGAAGGAUAGAGCGAUCGAUGAGCUCGAGACACACAUGGAAGAUAAAUUCCUCCGCCAUUGUGAUAAAUCUAUUCCUCUGCAUAUUGCUACUUCCAUGAUGGCAAGUUCGGCUAUACACUAUACCCGACUCAUGGCACAUCAUCCCCGCCAAUACUCGGAUCCGAGUCGCAUUUCCCAGUCCGAGAAAGAUAUCAUGUUUGAACAUGCUCUCAAGAUGACAGAGCAUGCCGACUCCGCGCAAACAUGUUCUGCUGUACGGAAGUAUUCCUGGCACAUGGUAAAUCAUAUACCCUGGGAUGCUAUCAUCCUACUGCUCUCAGAUAUGCGACACCGACGCAGCCGCGAGGAGAAAAGCAAAGUCUGGCAUCUGAUAGGCAACGUAUACUCUCGCAAUCUUCGAGAAAGCAAGGACAUCCAAACACCUCUUCACAGAGCGAUCCAAAACUUGAUUGUAAAGGCUUGGCGGGCGUACAUCGAUGACUGUAACCAACAUCAUCAUACUCCAACGCCUUGUCCGACAAUUGUUGUAACAUUGCUAGCCAGCGCAAAGGGUGCCGGUACCUAUGAGUCACAGUCACAACCUGUUGAAGAUAUCGAGGCUGUCGAGAAUGGGGCAUCACAAGACCAGCCCGAACACGAUUUUGCGACGGAACGGUUUGACCCGGCUGACGGUUUCGAGUUCUUACUUGGCGACAGCCCCAUUGAUUGGAAUGAGUGGGAUACUCUACUCAAUCAGUUCCCAGCUAGUCUGACCGAUGAUGCGAUAUAG